AUGUCGAAGACUGUUUAUAAACAUUUGACCCAGCCCAAUGUCAUCUUGGACUGUCGUGGUACAAGCUCAGUCCCAACCUACAAUGCCGCCUGGAGCUAUGUGGAAAAUAUCUACCCAUGGUCAGAUUUUACACACCAAAAUAUUGUCGAGCGAUAUGCGUCUGAACUAGCUGAGGAGCGGGACUUCAUAAGUCCAGUCACCGAAUAUCAGGAUGCAAACCUGAGUACAUUAUAUUCGGAGCGCGGUUUCAACGAUGUGCUUGCUGCGACGAAUAUGGUUAUCGUGUCGGCCAAUCUGCCAAAAAGCCAGUUUAUUGCGGACGGCUCUCGAACAUGUGAAGCGACGGACAUAUUUCCAGACUGGGGUGCCGGUGAUGAUAGCAAACCUCCAGGCCAGAGAAAGCGAACGAAAGCUUUUGUUUGUGGGGAUACGAAAUACCUUUGGUCUCAUGAGGAUGCAAUCAAGCUGCUUCAGAUGGGCCCAGCCAACAGCACACUCAACGCAAAGGAUAAGAUGUCCCUUGUGAACCCAUUCGAGCAAGUUCAAUACUAUGGCGCAAUCAACAAGACAUCGAUCGUCUUCAUAAUCUCUAAUGAAGCCCUGGUUGUUAUUCGUCUAUUUUUGGCGCCCGAAGCAGAUCGAACAUCUCCAAGAAAGCUACGCAGUCUCGCAAAGCCAGCACGCCAGAAUAGUCCUUCGGUGACUUCGGAGACCAGCUCAAUAAUUCCCAGACGUCAACGUAUCUCCUCAAUAUCUUCGGAUAUCGUGGGUAGUGUCAGCGAAAUGAGCAUUGAUGAAGUUAGUAUGAGUAUGAGCACCGGUCAAGUGAGCUCUAGUACCAACGAUCCUUCAGUCAAACCCACUGAUUUCAUUCCUGACAUCAAUGCUAUGGAAUAUGCAGUUAUUCCAUGGGCGCGGGCGCGGGCUGACGGGCUAACGGUUAAUCUUGCUUUGUGGGCUGCUAUCAGACUAGCAAGGGAGAACAACACCAUCCAGGAGUAUUAUGACCCAUUGACCCCUGGUCCAGCACAUACGAUUGAGGCGAAUUCAGGGAACAUAUCUAUGCCGAGCACGACUCAAGGGAGAGACAAGGGCAAAGGUGUUGAAAAAAGGACUCCAACUGCGACCGACCCAGUCCCCAAGACAACAGCCGCCAAGACAACAGCCGCCAAGACAACAGCCGCCAAGACAACAGCCGCCAAGACAACAGUUGCUACGACUAAUAUCCAAUACUGCGAUGUCAAACUCUUCCCGUCCUCGGAUAACACAGGCUACAACUACAGAUUGAAUGGCGAAUGGGUCACCAACGAUCCACAAAAGAGCUGGACUGUGGUUGGUAAUAAGCUUUACAAUUACGGGAGGAAACCGUAUUUACGCGCUGACAAGCCUUAG